CUCUUUAGAGACUGGACUUGAGGCAAAGCAGGAUGUCCUUGGCUUGCAAGCUGGGAAAGCAGAAUAUUCCACUAAUUGAAAAAAGAGCUACAUAUCUUUUGUUGAGUAGCAGCACAAAACAACAAUAUGCAUGCUCAAGAAAUUAGGUCAAGAAGCUGACACAGGAGGGCACCAGGCUGUGAGGACCACCGGGGACCGCCAGAGACCUCGAUGAAGACUCUUGAAUACCAAAGGUGGACUUCCAGUAAAAGGCGGGGUUAUGUGGAACAAGUGAAAUUGCUAGAUAGGUUCAGCAUGAGCAAUAAGUCAGUGACGGGAACACUGUACCUCACAGCAACUCAUCUGUUAUUCAUAGAUUCAAGCCAGAGAGAAACUUGGAUACUGCAUCAUCACAUCGCUGUGGUGGAGAAACUUCCCUUGACUACUUUUGGCUGCCCCCUUGUCAUUCAGUGCAAGAACUUCAGGAUAGUUCACUUUGUCAUUCCCAGGGAGAGAGAUUGUCAUGACAUUUAUAACUCUUUGCUUCAGCUGUCAAGAACAGCAAAAUAUGAAGAGCUGUAUGCCUUCUCCUAUAAUCCAAAACAAAAAGAAACUGAGCGAGUCAAAGGUUGGGAACUCAUCAAUCUGUCAGAAGAAUAUAAGAGAAUGGGAGUGCCAAAUGCUAAUUGGCAGUUGUCCGAUGCAAAUCGUGAUUAUAAGAUUUGUGAAACCUAUCCUAGAGAACUUUAUGUUCCUGUAACUGCAAGCAAACCUAUAAUUGUUGGUAGCUCCAAGUUCAGAAGCAAAGGAAGAUUCCCGGUGUUGUCGUAUUAUCAUAAAAACAAAGAGGCUGCAAUCUGCAGAUGCAGUCAGCCUCUCUCAGGUUUCAGUGCCAGGUGCCUGGAAGAUGAACAUAUGUUGCAAGCCAUCAGUAAAGCAAAUCCUUCAAACCGCUACAUGUAUGUCAUGGACACCAGGCCAAAGCUUAAUGCAAUUGCAAACAGAGCUGCUGGGAAGGGCUAUGAGAAUGAAGACAACUACUCUAACAUUAGAUUCCAGUUUGUUGGCAUUGAGAAUAUUCAUGUAAUGAGAUCCAGCUUGCAAAAACUCCUGGAAGUCUGUGGCACAAAGGAUUUGUCUGUCAAUGACUUCUUGUCUGGUUUGGAGAGUUCUGGAUGGUUGCGUCAUAUCAAAGCUGUGUUGGAUGCUGCUGUCUUCCUAGUUAAGGCAAUAGCAGUUGAGAGUGCAAGUGUGUUGGUGCACUGCUCAGAUGGCUGGGAUAGGACUUCCCAAGUGUGUUCUCUUGGAGCUCUCUUACUAGAUUCCUACUACAGAACAAUCAAAGGAUUCAUGGUCUUGAUAGAGAAAGACUGGAUCUCUUUUGGGCACAAGUUCUCUGACAGGUGUUGUCAGUUGGAUGGUGAUCCAAAAGAGAUCUCACCAGUGUUCACCCAGUUUUUAGAAAGUGUGUGGAAUUUGACCGAGCAGUUUCCACAGGCCUUUGAGUACAACGAAGCUUUCCUCCUUCAGAUCCAUGAACACGUCCAUUCAUGCCAGUUUGGUAACUUCCUUGGAAACUGCCAAAAAGAGCGAGAAGAACUAAAAGUGAAAGAGAAGACUUAUUCCUUAUGGCCGUUCCUUCUGAAUGAACAAAAGAAAUACCGUAAUCCUCUAUAUAAUCCCGAUUUUUCUCCAGAACUAUCUCUUUUGGAGCCUAAUACUGCAUCAUUCAAUUUUAAGUUCUGGAGAAAUAUGUACCAUCAGUUUGAUCGAGGUAUGCAUCCCAGGCAAUCUGUACUCAAUAUUAUAAUGAACAUGAACGAACAAAAUAAACAGCUGGAGGAAGACAUUAAAGAACUGGAAGCUAAAAUAAAGCAGAGAAAUGGACAGUUGGAUACAAUCCCUGUGAAAGAAUGUCUGCAGUCUGCUCCUCCUGCACUGAAAACCCCUCCCUGCUUCAAAAAGCAGCAGCCACUGAUCCCUGUGAAGGAUGCUGUAAGAACUAUAGAGGGCAGCAACACAGCAGACAAUCGCUACAGCGAAUUCGUGGAAGAGUUCUCUAAAGCUGAGCCUGCUGUUGUCAGCUUGGAGUACGGAGUGGCCAGGAUGACCUGCUAAUUAAAAUCCAGUACUGUGCGCCUUGUUGAGACUGAUUGAACUGAGAGAUUAUUUUGAGGAUGGGUCUGUGCUGCAUGACCAAAACAUGAUUUGUAUAUCGGCAAGUUUUGUUAACGUAGGCUAGAACAGCAUGCUAAUUGUCAAGUGUUUGCUGUUCUUUUAAGGAAAAAAAAUACCACUGUAGUUGUCUUUUAAAAGAAAUGGGGGCAUUUGGUAAGUAGUGACUAAAAAUUAAGGAAUGAUAUCUUUUGGGACUUAAGUCAGUUUGCACUAAAUUGAUGAAAAUAGUAAUAUUAUUCAGUAUAGGAAAACACAGGUGGUCUUUCACGAGUGGAUUUUAUUUGGGCAAGAAAACUCGAACUUUCUAUUUUAGGAAAUGAAGCUACAUGCAUAUAUUACGUAUGAUAUGAUUAUGUAUACCCUUGUUUAAUGUCACCCAGUACUAACUUUCAGUGUAUUAAGUGCCAUGGAAAAGUACAGUAUACUUCAAGUGAUGAAUAGUUGGCCUUAAACCUGUCAGAUCAAUGAUAUUGUUAUCCUUCACUGCUGCAGUCUACCUGGCUCUGUUUACAUUGUAUUUGCUCAAAUUUUUGUUUCUUUAAAACAGGACUGAAUAUAAGGAAUGAAGUAUGCCUAAGCUGGCACAGCCUUUCAGCCAGUAGCUCUAUGAAUGUUAAUUUAUCACUGAAGACUGUUCUUCCAUUUCCACUGUUUAAAAUGUGGUAGAUUGACCUGAUUUUCCUCUCUGGCAGCUCAGUAAAUUGAGCAUAAUUGAAGCUACAGGUUGUCUGACCUUAAAUGUUUUGAUUUGUGGCAAAAUAAUGAAGUGUAGAGUAAAAAAGAGUAAAACAUGUCAUGUAAGAACACAGAACUUGGCCAAUAACUGAAUAGUUGUGUUCAUUCAAAUUGUUUACUAUGUGCUGUACAGUUGUUCAAGUUGCAGGGAUGGAAGCAGGAGGUUUUGAAAGUGUAGUCUGCUGCCUUUGUUCCCAAGUGAAACAUGUUAUUCAUAUAUCUGAAGCUCAUGAGAAACUGAGUGCCUCUUAAAUCUUCCAUUAGAAGAAAAUCGUAGUUAUUGGUGAAACCCCCUUCUCACCUUGUAUAAACUUGUCCAAUGUAUGCAUAUUUUAAGUAAUUUCAGUACAAUCUGGAGACUUCUUUGUAGUUGGAGAGGGGACGAAAACUUCUAGGAGGAUGCAGUAGAGAUUAUGGGACAUAAUAAAAAAUGGAGAAAUUUAGUUUCUUUAACUUUCUAGUAAGGGAGAAGACUUUUGCUGUAGUUUGUCUUAUGGUGGAUUUUCUGAGUAGAUAACAGAACAGGGAAGAAAUGUCAGUGCACAGUUCUUAAAUAAAGGUCUAAAUUAGAAAUUUGGAUAUUAGGAUCCCUAGGUAUAAUGUUAGAUGAAUGCCACUGAUCUUUUAUCUCUGGAUUUAAGUAAUUUUUGGUUGCAAGUGAAAAUUAGUUUAGUCUCAUCCUAAUCCCUUAAGUCUAUUUUGUUAAAGUUACGAGUGUGCCACACUAUUUGACAUAAUUGGCAGCAUUUCCCCCUGCACCAUGUUGGAUCCAAGACUCCAUUAACAAGGCCAGUAUAGGUCAUGAUCAAGUUGCACUUGUGAAGCUGUCUGGGAGAAGUUAAUUGUGACUCAUGUAUCUGAGUAUUAAUUCACCUGUUUCACCGAUCUGCUUUUUGAAAGCCUAUAAGUGUAAAUAAAGAUUGGUAAGUAUUUUUAUUCCCGAAGAUAUGAGCAUAGUGUCAUCUUUAAAGUGUAUUAUCCAGUCAUUUAAACACAUUUAGAAUUUCUCCACUGCAUGUUUUAAUAGUAUCACGUUUGCACAGUGGUGCCUUACAGGGUUGCUGCAAGAGAGGUUUCCGUGCCUUGUUAUUUGUCUCCCCGUCAUCUUCUGUAUCAACUUGGUUCCGUGGUUUUCCUUUGGAAAAACAUCUUACUUAUAAAGCUUGUAUUGUAUCACAGCAGUGAAACAAAUUUAUUGCUGACAAUAUAGGUGUUAUCAAUUUGUACUUACUUGUUUUAACAUUUAGCUGCUCUGAUGUGCCAUGUACACUCGUCAUAUUUAUUGUUUAGACUUUAUAGACUCAAAUGAUUAUACUAAGCUUUUUUGCAAA